GCCAGCCUCCCAUCCCUAGAGGGGGUAGCUGUGUAAAAUUGGCAGGAGACGUCUGGAAGAAAGCAAGUCCCCCAGGGAUUUCAGCACCUAGGCAGAAACGGCUGGGCUUUCCCAUCGCCAACCCGGGGGUGGCUGGCACCGAGAAGCCUGGAUUAAACGCCGCGCGGGGCUGGCGAGGUCGGGGUCGCCGUGACUCCCCAGGCGCUCCUUGCGGGGAGCCCGGGAGCCCGGGAGCCCGCGGCGGGCCCUGCCGCCGCGCCCCGCCCCGCCCCACUCUGUCCCCGCAGCCUCGCGGGCUGCCGGGCUUUGUGGUUCGCCCGUGCGGCUGGGCCCCAGCUGGGGGUGUCGUUACGAGCAUGUGCAGACAGCAGCCCAAGCCUUCAGGAUAAUUCCUUCAGCAGCACCGCUGUAACAGAGUGUGACGAAGACACAGCCUCCCUACAUGAAGACCAGACUGAUUGCUCCAGUAUCAGAGAUGAAGACAAUAAAGAAAACUACCCCGACGCCAGGGCUCUCCUAGAGGAGCCGGCGCCGCCGCCGCCGCAGCAGCAUGUAGAGCAGCCCGUGCAGGUGGACGGCGUGCUGCGACCCAGCAUGGGCAACUUCAAGUCCCGGAAGCCCAAGACCCUGCUCAAGGCGGAGAGCGGGAGGAGCCACGGAGAAAGCCAGGAGACAGAGCAUGUGGUACCCAGCCAGCCAGAGUGUCGGGGGAGAACAGGAACGCCAGCUCACGAGAGUCCGCAAAACCACUCCUUCAGGUGCCAAGAAACAGUACGAGUUCAACCAAGAAUCGACCAGAGGGCCACCAUUUGGUCAAAGGAUGCUUUCGAGACUCAUCAAGACUUAAAUGAAGAAGAAGCUGCUCAGGUGCAUGGACUCAAGGACCCAACCCCAGUGUCGACCCAGAGUGUGCCUGCGGAAGGCGCAGAUGCUGCAGACCCUGCACCAGUCCACAAAGAUGGGCAGAAUGAAGCAGACAGUACACCAGAAGACCUCCAGUCUGUUGGGACUAGCAGACUGCUCUGUCACAUCACUGAUGGUGACAACCCACUGUUGUCACCACGAUGCUCUAUCUUCAGCCAAAGCCAGAGAUUCAACUUAGACCCUGAAUCAGCCCCUUCUCCACCCAGCACUCAGCAGUUUAUGAUGCCCCGGAGUUCUUCACGGAGCAGCUGUGGUGAUGGCAAGGAGCCACAGACCAUCACCCAGCUCACCAAGCACAUCCAGAGCCUCAAGCGAAAAAUUCGGAAAUUCGAAGAAAAAUUUGAACAAGAAAAGAAAUACCGGCCUUCACAUGGCGACAAGACUUCUAAUCCUGAAGUCCUGAAAUGGAUGAAUGAUCUGGCUAAAGGUCGUAAACAACUCAAAGAACUAAAGCUGAAGCUCUCAGAAGAACAAGGGGUUGCUCCCAAAGGCCCACCUAGAAACCUGUCCUGUGAGCAACCUGCAGUCCCCAGAGAGAAUGGGAAGCCGGAAGCUGUGGGUCCUGAGCUAUGCUCCUCUGGAGAGGAGACUCCAGAUGCUGUGCUGACAUGCCUGAAGGAGAAGAGAGAGCAGCUUCCUGCUCAGGAGGAUUCUAAGGUAGCUAAGCAAGACAAGAACCUCAUAAAACCUCUUUAUGACCGAUACAGGAUUAUCAAGCAAAUCUUGUCAACACCUUCCCUUAUUCCAACAAUUCAGGAGGAAGAAGACUCUGAUGAAGACUGUCCACAGGGAAGCCAACAACUUUCUUUGCCAGCUACAGCGUCUCACCUUCCUGUUGGCGACCACCUCACCUUCUCUGAGACUGAGCCUAUUACGGUCCUGCUUCCAGAUGAAAAGAAAGAAAUCAAACCACCAGCCCUAUCCAUGUCCAAUUUACAUGAGGCCACUAUGCCUGUACUUCUUGACCAUCUCCGAGAAACUAGGGCUGACAAGAAGAGACUUCGGAAAGCCUUAAGAGACUUUGAAGAACAGUUUUUUAAACAAACAGGAAGAAGUCCACAAAAGGAAGAUAGGAUACCAAUGGCAGAUGAGUACUAUGAAUACAAGCACAUAAAAGCCAAACUGAGACUACUGGAAGUCCUCAUCAGCAAGCAAGAUACGGCCAAAACUAUCUGAGGUUCAGGAAAUGUUUGUGCUCACUUUCAACCAAGAUAUGGUCAAGUUUAUUUUUCUCUGCCAUUCUUGCUAAGUAGUUUUGAUAUAUUGAAAAUUGGAAGCACUUUAGUGGUAGUAUUAGUUAUUUUUAGGAAGAGAUGGUAAGUGUAUCAAUGACGAAGGAGGAUUUAAAUGGGGGGAAAUAUAGCAACUAACAGUAUAAUUGGAAAAAAAUUUCAGUCUCCUCCAUGCUGAGCAGAAAAUGCACAGUCAUUUGAAUUAUUUCAACAAACAUUUAAUAUAUAUUUUUUUUUUAUCAAAUCUAAGUAAUACUUGUCCAAUGGGCCACUUAUUAGGGAAAGUCUAUUUAGUGUCCAGUGUUUGGAAAAGAGCAUGAUUUUUAGAAAAUCAGUAAGAGGAGGAGAAGAAACUCUUCUUUUUUAUGUAGGAAGGAAUACAGCUAGUAAGAAUGUAAUUUAUUUGAAACUUCUAAUAGAUUUUUAAAUGAUAAAAAAAAUCUACCUUGCCCUUAAGUCCACUAGGCUAUUCAGUAAAGCAUACUAGAAUGUGUCACUGCUAAUUUUUUAUUUCUAUAUAAAAAUAGCACAUUAUUUUAUCUGUUAUUUGAAAUUUUACAUUUCUGGUUACCAAAGUUCAUUCUGAUAGCAUGUACUUUGUGAAUUAUCUUUGUCUAUAAUUGACAGAUGUUUAUAUUAAAAUAUUGUAUUAAAAUUUGAAAAUAGGUAUUUUGGAUAGAUCUGUGGUCUGCAGUAUAUAAUCUAAUGUGAUCAUAGUUAUGACUGCUAAUCUCUUUGUUUACUAUAAGAGUAUAUAACUAUUUUUCCAUUGGGAAUAUGCAUUUUUCUUAAUGUUCCAAGGUCUAUAUAUACUUUGUAAAGUCACAAAGCUUUCUCAUGAGUUGUAGGUAUUCUUCGUUCUGUACAAAAUGAAAGGUUUGGAAAUUGUUAAGACACCUUGGAAAAGAAGCCAGAAGGUUUUAUUUGCUUCAUCAACUUUGCUGCAUAUAGUUUUGUGUUAUUUUGUACUAAAACACACAUUUAUUAUUUUUGCCUUUGUAAAAAUAAGUAAAAGGUCAACAUUUUCUCUCUUGUACCCAACCAUGUUUGUAUUUCUGUUUUCUGUAAUGUUUAAGCAUGAUGUUGAACAAAUUCACAUUUUCAUAUAGUUUGGAUGGGAAGAAUACUGACUUUGAAAGAAGCAGAGUAUUUCAGAGGCUUAUUGUUUUCUCUGUAUUUACCUGAUAUUUUAUAACUUUUAUGAAUCAGAAUGAUGUCCUUCAUAAAUUUGUUUAAUUGAAGUCAUCUACUUGUAACAGGACAGAUACACAACUAUUUGAAGUUUACAAACUACAUCUUUGAUAAGGGAAAUGGUUUCAUGACAUGUAUACAAUUGCUAUUAAAAUGUAACUAUAUAUUCUAUAUGAUUGUAAAUAUUUUAUACAAUACAAAUAAAAUAUUUUUCUAUUAUA